GUGCGUGUGCACAAACACUCCAUCUGUCCUCUGUCCGGCUGUCUGGGCCGGGGGUUCCGGGUCUUGGUCACCCAGUCCUCCUCCGCCUUCGACCCUUCUCUCGAAUGCCAGCAUGCCCGGCCCGCUGGCUGGCAGCCCUCGUGGGCAGCGAGAUCAGCAAGUUUUCAGCUCCGGACAAGUUCGGGCUUAUUGAUUUUUUUUUUAAAUUUUCUUUUCUUGAACACGCUGCUUUUUUUGGCCAGGGGACAGGGGACAAAGAAGGGACAGGUCUCCAAGCGCUUCCCUUCGCAGCUGCAGUGCAAAUGCUGGGGACGCAUCUCCCACUGGCAAGGGUGGGGCAGGGGGACAAGGCACGUUCCGCCCCCCCCAACUCUCUAGUCUUAGCGAAAGCUCAGCCGGGGUGGGGCGGACACGGGAGAGGGGCACCUCCACGGACUACUUUUCUGCAGUGGGAAGAGCCACCUGAGACCAUCUGGUCCAACCCCCUCCUCAUUUUGGUUGCCCAAGGUCACACAAGUUACGAUGUGGAGAGAGAGAGAGAGACAGAAUUCAAGGCACAGAAGACUGCAAGUAGAAAAGAAAACACCAACUUUAUUAACACCGGCUACAGAGAAGAUCUUUGCUCAGGAGAAAAGGAAAAUGUGAUGACCGUGACCCCAGAGGCAUGCCUGGCCACAGCGGCAGCCCACUGUGACUGCUCUGACGCAUUUCUCACCCCACCUAAAAUGCUGCUAGUGCUCAGGAGGGUGAUUCUUGAGGAGCUGACUGCAAGACCACAUUCCUCACUCUGCUGCUGCUGGGUUUCAUGGGCAGCUCCCCAAAGACUGGACUAACAUGAUGCUAGCCUUCGAGAAGA